AAUAAACAAAGGCUUAAUUUUUCGAGUGAAAUCACCAUUUUUAACCCUUUCAAAACUCAAGAAAGACUGGUCAAACCUCCCUCCCGAAUAUUCCCCGUCUCUGAUGCAUUUCCCGAAGAUCACUCGGUUAUAUCACAUAUGGAAGGACCUGGACUUCAAUGAUUAUAUUUGAUCCAGGUUUGACCGUGACCGGAGAACAUACAAGCUCAGCUUGAGCGAGCGGGAUAGAUUGAUAGAUAGAGAGAGCGCAACUGAGGAAAGAAGAGAGAGCGGGGUUUGAGAUCUUACUUGGCUUUCCUUUUUUGUUGGUGUUGUUUCUGUCCUUUCAAUCCUUUUUCCCUUCUCCUUUUCCCAUUUUCAUUUCGGUUUUUUAGGGAGGAGAGGAGAGGCGAGAGCUUAUUCGAUAUCUCCCUCUCCCUCUCCCCAGUAGUUCAUAUAAUAUUUUGGGAUUUUGGGUUGAGGUCGGCUUGGGGGUUAGGAGAAAAUUAGGGUUCUUAACCAUGAAUGUGAUGCGCCGCCUAAAAAGUUUUGCUUCGGGUCGCACUUCUAUUUCAUCAGAUCCUGGUGGCGAUUCUGGCACAAAGAGAGCAAAGUUUGAUCGAGAGACUGAGCGCUUGGAUAAUGAGGAGGCAAAUAGAGUAGUGAGACAUGCCACGGGUCUGGAGCAGCAUAUGGCUUCUACAUCUCUGGAAACUGCUGAAAGCAUAUCUGAUGUAUCUGAUAUAUCUUCAAUGGCUGGAAUAGAGAAAUCUGGUUAUGAUCAGCUUCCUAAAGAAAUGCAUGAAAUGAGAAUUAGAGAUGAGAAAUCCAACACUCAUGAUGAAAAGGAUAUGGAAGCUGCUGUUGUGAAUGGUAAUGGAACAGAAACUGGUCAGAUCAUUGCAACUACAGUAGCUGGUCAAAAUGGACAACCAAAACAGACAAUCUCAUACAUGGCAGAGCGUGUGGUUGGGACUGGUUCAUUUGGCGUUGUCUUUCAGGCUAAGUGCCUGGAAACAGGAGAAGCAGUUGCAAUAAAGAAGGUGCUACAGGAUAAGAGAUUUAAGAAUAGAGAACUUCAGAUCAUGCGCACCCUUGACCAUCCUAAUGUCGUUCAACUAAAACACUGUUUCUUUUCAACCACGGAAAAAGAUGAGUUGUACCUUAACCUUGUCCUGGAGUAUAUCUCUGAAACUGUCUACCGAGUUUCAAAGCACCAUAUCCGCAUGAACCAAAGCAUGCCCAUUAUCUAUGUACAGCUUUAUGCAUACCAGAUUUGUCGUGCACUAAAUUACCUGCACCAUGUUGUUGGAGUGUGUCACCGUGACAUUAAGCCACAGAAUCUACUGGUGAAUCCCCGCACUCAUCAGUUAAAGAUAUGUGAUUUUGGCAGUGCAAAGAUGCUGGUGCCAGGUGAACCCAACAUAUCAUAUAUAUGCUCUCGAUAUUAUAGGGCACCAGAACUUAUAUUUGGGGCCACAGAAUACACAACUGCAAUUGACAUGUGGUCAGUUGGUUGUGUCCUUGCUGAGCUUCUUCUAGGACAGCCACUGUUUCCUGGUGAAAGUGGUGUUGAUCAGCUGGUUGAGAUCAUUAAGAUUCUGGGCACACCAACCAGAGAAGAGAUCAAGUGCAUGAAUCCGAAUUAUAAUGAGUUUAAGUUCCCUCAGAUCAAAGCUCACCCGUGGCACAAGAUUUUUCACAAGCGAAUGCCCCCUGAAGCAGUGGAUCUUGUGUCAAGGUUGCUCCAGUAUUCACCAAGUCUACGUUGCACUGCUUUGGAGGCUUGUGGGCACCCCUUCUUUGAUGACCUAAGGGACCCAAAUGCAUGCUUGCCUAAUGGGAGAGCACUACCUCCUUUGUUCAAUUUCACAGCUCAAGAAUUGACUGGAGCAUCUGCUGAACUACGUCAUCGUCUCAUACCUGAGCAUGCAAGGCAGUAGGUUUCAUUAGAAGCUGAAGUCACAUUUGUAGGCUCCACAAAUGGGUUUUUGGUUGCACAGUUGCCUGACGAGCCAUGCUACCCUGCAUGAAGGAUACGCUGCCUUUUUGUAUCUUGAUAAAUUAUUCAUUACAUAACCAAGGGUGGGAAAGUCUACUGGCUGGCAGGGCCGUUCAUCAAUGGCUUGAUGGAUCUGCGGGUGAAAUUAUCCAGUGGAUGGAAUAGAACUGCUUGGGUGCUUGAGUGAGGUUGAGAUUGCAUUUUGUCGAUGUGAAGUUGUAUACAUUGAUUUAUAUAUAUGUUAUCAUGUUAUAUAUGGUUUAUGGGCAAUUUGAUAUGAGACUAAGGUGAAUGGAAUAUGUUAGGUGAA